GUCCAGAGGUCCCAAUCACAGCCGAGUCUGCUCCGGCGAACUCCUCUCCAUCGCAAUUGCCGAUAUCAGAGCUUCUCUGUCUCUCUUCCAACCUCUCGCUCCCUUUUCUCCCCAAGGUUUCGCCCUUUUCGUCGACGAGGUCAAACUCUCUCUUUCUCCUCAAUUAGCUCGUAACAUCCUUCUCUUUUGGCUUUGGGAAAAAAAAUUUCGAACCUUUUCUCAUCCUUUGGGCUGAGCUUAUUCGUCGAGAAGAUUCCAGAAAGUGGUUCUAGAAGGUUCUUCCAGAAUAGGCAAAUUUGCUUUUGCGUUUGCCGGUUCUAAUGGAAAUUCAUUAUCAAAACGCAAAGAGAGACGGUGCUGAAACUGGUCCUCGCAUAUUGGGUCCGCAAGAAGCUGGCAUUGUCUUCCUCAGUCAGGUUUUUGUUCAGUUAUGAGUUUUUUUUGUUCCUUUUGUUAUAUAAAUUUUUCAUGACUUUGAUGUUAUAUUUCACGAAUUGAUUGGUGCUUUGCUUGCAUGCGCUUUUUUUUGUUUGUUCCCUGACAAUAAUAGAGGUGCAAAACAUCUUCCAACCAUCAACUUUGAUAAACUGUUUGCUUUUGCUUUUUAACUUGUUUGAAAUACUUGUGUUGGUUACUGAAAGUUAAGUUAAUUUCAUUGAUUCCACUGUAAUAAGUCCUUUGCUACAAUCUGGUUUCUUCAAUCAGAACAAUUGUUUUGCAUAUUUAUUUAACAAAGUUAUUUUCUUUUGUAAAUAUGGACAAUCACCAGUAUUGGUCACCUAUCUUCAGGUAUCUGUAUGAAAGCUACAGUGAAAGUCAUGAAAAUAAAAUAAAGUGCAUCAUACACUAUUUUGAAAGGAUAAGUUCGCAGAUGCCUUCAGGCUUUGUCUUGUUUGAAUGAAUGUUUCUUCCUUUGGAAUAUCAUCCUUUGUGUAUUUCCUGUCCCAAGGCUGAUUUUUGGGGCAAACCUGCCAUCCCCCUCUGCCCUUUUGAGGCUCAUAGUUCAGGCUUGAUAGAAGAUCAGUCCAAUAAUGCUCUUGAAGUGGAUUUUGCAAACAAGUAUCUUGGAGGUGGUGCUCUGCACAGGGGCUGUGUGCAAGUAUGGCAUAGUCUUUUCUUUUUGUUUUUCUUUGGGAUUUAGCUCAGACAAUUUUCCUCUGUCCACACUUUAGUCUGCAGUCUAGGCUGCCAAUUUCCAAUGUAUUAUUGGUAACAUAUUACACAUGUUCCAUUACCAUAUUUUUGCAUUUGCAUGUGAAUGCUGUUUUCC